GGAGCCGAGGCCAGCGAGCCCAAGCCUGGGCGCGGCCACAUGGCUUGGUGAUCGCCCGGUCAGCCGCCGGGUGAGCGGUCACUCCCGGUCACAGGAAAGGUCGCUGAAGGCGUGAGAGGGGGUCAAAGCCGGCCUCCCUUUUAUUCGGACCAGAGGGGGGCGCAGAGCACAAGCAUGGCUUGGGUGGAGCCUGGCUACACGUUUUGAAACAUGGACUGUGCAGCCUUUGGAGUGGAUGGUGGGAAAUACAGUGACUCAGAAACAGUAGAAAGAUAUUAAAAGUAGACCUUACUCCACACGAAAUUUGUCUAUUGCUGUUAAAUGAUAAUCUGGUCACCAUGUCAUCAAUCCCUAGUCCUGGAGGCUUGGAUGAAAGAGACAUCCGCCUAUUGAAGGUGUUCAAAUGUAUUUCCUGUGAAGGAAAAGCAUUCCUCCUGUUUGUAUUUCAGAGAGGAUGUCCCAAAGAUAAAAACAAAACAGUUAAAGAGUACCUGAUGAGCAAAGGCAUGGAAGAAUCAGAUUACGAAAAAAUAUUUUAUGCUCAUAUGAGACAGACGAUUGAUGCAGACUCUUCAGGAAAAACAUUUGAUGUAAGUUUACUGUAUGCUGUCAUCAGGAAUGCUUGUGAUAAGGUUGCACCUCCCAAUGAACCUCACAAAUGGAAAGCUAAAGGUAAUAAACUUGAGAACUACUGUAGUAUGAUUAAAGAACAGAGAAAUAGUGUUGUCCAUGGUUUGGAACUUCCAGAUGAGAAAGCUAUGAUUGACUGGCUUGUAAACCUGCAAAGUCUGUUGGAGAAGGGAUACGAGUCUGCUGGCAGCCGCUACUCUAUCCCAGCCUCAAUAAUUGAUGACGCAGUAAAAAGAAUGAAUGCCAAUAUUGAAAAAAUAAAGAAUGCACCAGGCCUGCCUGUAGAUGCUGACAAGUACCAAGAUGAAAUCAGAGAGCUAAGAGAGCAUUUAGAAAAUUAUAUAAAAAACAGUGGAGUGGUAGAGGUAAAGGAGAAAAUAAAGGGCCAGACAAACGUGGACCCAGCAUCUUUCAUAUCAGGCAAAGAGACGCUUAAAGUGAGAGCCAUUUUCACAAAUUUGGAAGUUAUAAUGGAAGAUAAAGCACAAAGUCAAACUCACAUUGAUUACAAAUCUGUGCUAGUGCAGAAGACUGAAAAGGGAGAGAUGCCCAACAUAAUAGUAAUUGAAGGGGAGGCAGGUGCAGGGAAGAGCACAUUUGGAAAACUCAUUCUGGCAGAGUGGGCUGAGAUGUCCCCCACAUCUCACCCACAGAUUGAAAAUCUAGAGAACUAUGAAAUUGUCUUGUAUGCUGAAUGCAAGAACAAAUUUGUUACAAACUUUGCUGAGUUGCUAAACUUGCUCAUGCCUUGUGCUUCUUACUCCAUGUCAAAUGAGGACAUUGUGCGAUCUGUGUUGGCACUCAGAGUUCUUCUAAUUCUCGAUGGACUGGAUGAACUAAACAAAGCUUCUAGACAGUUAGUAGAGGAAAUUGUGAUGGAUAAGAUGCCAAAGAGCACAGGUGUCUUUCACCUUCUGCUAACUACAAGACCACAGGCACUAAGGGAAUUACCCAACUACUGCAUAAAGUCUGAAUGGAUACACAUGAGAAUUUUGGGCAUCACAGCUGAGCAAAGACCAGAGUUUGUGUAUAAACUGCACGAGGAAAUGAAAAAAGAAAAAAUGAGCCAACAAGACACGCAGAAGUUGAUGGAUUACGUAAAGAAAUCAGAAGCUCGCCUGGGAGAACAUUUUCGUUUGCCUCUAAAUCUUACUCUCUUGACCUACUUAUGGGCUGCAAGCCCAGAAGAUGUCAAUUCAGUCACAACAGCCACUCACCUCUUCUUAAGAAUUCUUGAACUCAUUAAAAAGCGUUUGGUAAAUCGCCUUGUGGAUAAACUUUAUUGUUCAUGGGAUGAAAUUUCUGAUCAUGUCACAGAAUACAUGGAGGUGCUGUAUGAAAAAAGUUUUGAGGAGAUUAUAAAUGACUCCCUGCAGCUGAGUGAAUCAUCAGAACAGGCACUUAAGAAGAAAUGCAAGGCCCUUGAACUACCAUUUCAAGAAAUGUCUGCAGCCUUUAUGAAUGUGACCAGAGAAUGGACUGCAGGUGGAUAUGCACUUCACCUUACUGCUCCCCACAAAAGCAUAAUGGAAUUUUUUGCAGCGGAAUGGAUUCACACGUGUUUGAUGCGGAAUGGGGCCAAGACCUUGAAGAAUAUUCUGGAAGAGUUAAAAUGUGAUGAAUCUUCGUUGCCUAAGUACCAGAAUGUGUUGCUUCACCUAUGUGGAUUGUUGCAUGAAAAUGGUAAAUGUACUCUUGACCAACAUGCAGAAGAACUGGUACAGCUACUGACAAAGUCAGAGACGACAGAGCAACAGUGGCUAGACAUAAUUGCUGAGUCAGAGUGUAAUGAGACUAUUGUAAAACUCAUAGCUCCAAGGAUUGGCACGAAACUUAUAGUACGAGAUGGUCACACUGGGGCAGCUGCCAGCAUUUUUAGCCAUCUACCUGAAUCGACUCCUGUUAAAGUGAUCUUGAACUGUGAAAUAACGCACAUUCCACACUUGGACAAUUUUAUUGACGAGCUUUCCAAAAGACAUUGUUAUGUUGAACUUCAUUUCAGACAUCAGUGGAAGAAUAUGCAAUGUGGGAAUUCCACCGAUCGUCUUAAGCAACUGAGUAAAAGCAAGUGUGAUAUAGAGUGUUUCACGGGCUACCUGGACAACUUUUCCAUCUCCCAGAAGCCACACAGAAACUGAGAAUUGCCAUUGCUAAUGACAAACAGGCCGAAGAUAUAUGUAGCGAGA